CAUUUCCAUUUAAACCAGAGCAAGAGCGGGCUAGGUUUCCCUCUUUGUUGUUUCUUAAUACGAAAAUGGCAGAUGGCGCGGCGGACUCCUCAGCGCAAGGCCCCGCUGACGAGAAAAACCCUAACUCUGUCAAUGCGGCGAUUGAGUCCGGUAACGGUGCCGGCCCCGAGGAAUUCACCUGCGACGAUGAUCGAGAAAAGACAUUGGAAUUCGCAGACGAAUUGAUGGCUCGUGGCUCUAAAGCCGCCAAGGAUAGCAAUUAUGCCGAAGCCGCUGAUUGCUAUAGCCGUGCCCUAGAAAUCAGGGCUGCAAAAUUUGGUGAACUUUCCCCUGAGUGUGUUGCUGCUUACUAUAAAUAUGGAUGUGCUCUGCUGUACAAAGCUCAAGAGGAGUCUGAUCCAUUGGCUUCUAUGCCGAAAAAAGAGGGUGCCUCUCGUGAAGAUUCCGGUAAAGAAAGUUCAUCACAAAUCCAUGCCAAUGUCCAACCUUCAGCUAUGUCUGCUGCAAAAAAUGUGGAGCAAGAUGAAGGAGACAGUGAAAGUGAUGCUGAAGACCAACCUGAUGGCGAUGAGGAUGAGUCUGACCUUGAUUUGGCUUGGAAGAUGCUUGAUGUAGCUCGGGCCAUUGUGGAGAGGGUCCCAGGAGACACAGUGGAAAAGGUGGACAUAUUGUCAGCUUUGGCAGAAGUAGCUCUAGAAAGAGAGGAUGUUGAGACUUCACAGAGUGACUACUUGAAGGCACUCUCUAUGUUGGAGCGCUUGGUUGAACCUGAUAGUCGGCUUAUCGCUGAGCUCAAUUUCAGGAUUUGCCUGUGUCUUGAAAUUGGUUCGAAACCAGAAGAAGCUAUUCCAUAUUGUCAAAAAGCUAUCUCAGUUUGCAAGUCAAGAGUUCAGCGACUUUCUGAUGAAGCAAAGAACUUCCCAGCAGAAGAAUCAACCACUUUCGAGAUGGGACCAGUUCAACCAUCUCUAGAUAAGGAAUCCGAGAUUGAAACACUUACUGGUCUCUGUGAGGAACUAGAAAAGAAGCUUGAAGAUCUUCAACAGCUUGUCGCAAACCCAAAAUCCAUCCUCUCAGAUAUCCUAGGUGGGAUUAUUUCCGCAAAAGCUAGGGCUCUUGAGAAGAACGAACCAGCACUGAGCUCAUCACAGAUGGGCACGGCCACCACUGGUGGCGCAGACUCGCCAACUGCUUCUACAGCUCACACAAGUAGCGCUGCUGGAGUGACACAUCUAGGCGUGGUGGGAAGAGGAGUCAAGCGAGUUGUGAUGAGCUCGACUGCACAAUCCAGCCCUGCUAAGAAACCUGCAAUCGAUUCCUCAAACAAUGGCGAUGGUGGGAGUGAGGUCAACGUCAAUGCAGGAAUAAAUGAGAAGAAUGAUUAAUUCUGGCUCUACGCUUCUCUGUUGUCUUGAACUCGGUUGGUGCAUCUAUGAUUAUGCAAUAUGGCUACUAAUUUCUCAUCUAAGACUACUGAUUCAGUGUCUUGCUAUAAAAAAAAGCUAUUUUAUCCGUUA